AUGGUGGUGGUACUUCUAUAUGUAGAUGAUAUAAUCUUAACGGGUAAUAACUAUGAUGAGGUUGCUCGACUACAAGAUGAGCUCUCGCUUCUCUUUGAGAUGAAGAAACUUGGUGAACUUGGAACUUUCCUUGGUUUACAAAUCGAAAAUUUCAAGAAAGAUUUGUUUGUAUCGCAGAUCAACUACGCAAAGAAGUUGAUUAGGCCUAAUAUUUCUUAUGCAGUUGGAGUGGUGAGUUGGUACAUGCAUGAUCCAAGGAAACUACAACUCGAAGAAGUGAAGAAAACUUUGAAGUAUAUUAAUACCUCACUAGAUAUUGGUCUACUAUAUGAGAAAGAUGCAAAAUUUGUCUUGCAAGGAUAUACAGAUACUGACUUUGCUGGAGAUCGAGAUGAUCGAAGGUCCACAUCUGGGUUUGUUUUUCUUUGUGGAAACACUAGCAUAAUUUGGAGUAGUAGGAAACAAUGA